UGAGCAAUUAUUAGCUGCAAAGUGAAGCAGCUGACAACGUAGCAUUUCUUGCCCCUUCUCUCUCUCUCUCUCUCUUUCUCUCUCCUUCAAUCAUCGUCACCUUCAUAAAUCUCUAACUUUAUACUCUCUCUCUCUUCUCUCUCUCUCUCUCUACCCUCUCUCUCUCUCUCUAACAGACACACACAGAGAGACAGACAGACACAGAAACACAUACAAACACACAUCUCGAUUUACAGUUAACUAUUGAUUAUAAUUACGGCAUUCAUAUAUACCUUUUAUUUUUUUCCGUUUUGAUGGUGUCGUUAUCUUAAAUCUUGUCUGCAAAUCGUAAGAUAUAAAAAAAGCAAUUCCACAGUAAUUAUAAGCUCGCAUUCAGCCUUGGCCCCCAAGCAAAAAACCUUUCUUCAAUUCUCAUCAAAACAAUAAUUAAUCAAGGAUACAUAUGCAUUCAGACACAUAGUUGUGUGUGUGUGUGUGUGUUGGAAUUGAUAUCCAGAAAAUUAAUUAAGCCGCCAGCUAUGCAGCAUCAACAGCAGGGAGGAGGAGGAGGAGGAGGCACCGCCGCGGGCGGCGGCGGCGGCGGCGGAGCGGGGGAGAUGAAUUUCGGUACUGAUGAGCAUCAGAAAUUGGGAGAUCUGGGAAUAGCGGAAGCAGCGUCGCCCAUAAGCAGCAGACCUCCGGCGGCGAAUAAUAAUUUUGAAGAAAUGAUGAGAGUGACGGCGGCGGAAGGCGGCGGAGGAGGGUCGGGUAACAGGUGGCCGCGGCAGGAGACAUUGGCACUACUACAGAUUAGGUCAGAAAUGGAUGCUGUGUUUCGCGAUGCCACCCUCAAGGGCCCUCUCUGGGAACAAGUUUCGAGGAAGCUGGCGGAGUUGGGAUACCAAAGGAACGCUAAAAAAUGCAAAGAGAAAUUCGAAAACGUGCAGAAAUAUUACAAGCGAACCAAAGAAACCCGCGGGGGUCGUCACGACGGCAAGAGCUACAAAUUCUUCGACCAACUCGAGGCUCUUAACACUAGUGCUCCUUCUACCACCACCACCUCCGAGAACCUCGUACACCAUCAUCAUCAUCAUAUUCUUCCAAUCACCACCUCAUUACCGCCAGUACUCCGGGAGCCGCCCUCAGCUCCUCCGCCUCCUCCACCACCAUUAUUCAGUACGGUUGGGGUGAGUUUCUCAUCGUCUUCAGACGAAGAGCAAGAAGACGAUGAAGAAAUGGAAGCGGAGUUGGGCGAUGAUAUAAACCUAAUGAUGCGCCGCAAGAGGAAGAGGAGGAGCGGCGGCAAUAGUAGAAGUAGUAGUAGUGAGGAGAGAAUGAUGGAAUUCUUGGAGGGUGUAGUGAAGCAAGUAAUGCAGAAACAAGAAUCCAUGCAGCAGAAGUUUCUACAUGCAAUUGAGAAAAGGGAGCACGAUAGAAUGAUCAGAGAAGAGGCUUGGAAAAGACAAGACAUGGCUAGGCUUGCCAGGCAGCAAGAUCUAAUGGCUCAGGAGCGAUCGAUCUCCGCCUCGCGAGACGCUGCCAUUGUUGCCUUUCUCGAGAAAAUCACCGGUCAAAAAGUCAACCUUCCCCAUCACAACCCCACACCACCACCUCCACCACCACCAACAACUAAUAACUAUUCCAUGCAACAACUGAUGAUUCCAACCGAUAAAAUAACGGAAAAUAGUUCUCGUGAGAUGGUAGUGGCAGUCGUACCGCCGGAAAAACAAAUACAACAACAACAUGAUCAAUUAAUAACUACCGGGGGGACUGGUUCUUCGUCGAGAUGGCCAAAGGCGGAAGUAUUAGCAUUGAUACAGCUGAGGAGUGGGCUUGAGCACAGAUAUCAAGAGACAGGAUUGCCGAAGGGCCCUCUUUGGGAAGAAAUAUCUGCCCGCAUGAAGGGAAUCGGGUACAAUCGAAACGCAAAGAGAUGCAAAGAGAAGUGGGAAAAUAUAAACAAGUACUUCAAGAAAGUUAAAGAGAGCGACAAGAAACGACCAGAGGACACCAAGACGUGCCCUUAUUUCCACGAGCUUGAUGAGUUGUACCGCAAGAAAGUACUCGGAAACACUAGCGGCACCACCACCACCACCACCAUUCUUGGUGGUGCGGCCGCCUUUCCCGAACAAGAGAGGCAUCAACAAGAUGUAGUAGGAAUGAUGUCAUCGGAGGAUAAUAAAAAUGAAUUGCAGGCUUCUUCUACCCUUUUUGGCGAACAAAGUCAGGCUAAUAUCGGAGGAGGCGUAAAGCAGCCAGAAGCCAUGCUAAAGAAGCAACAUAAUCAACAAGGACAAGGAAUAAUCAUGAUGGAGAAUCGUUGUAGUAACAAGAUUAACGGCUCUAUUAAUAAUGGUGAUGAUGAUCUUGAUCGGGAUAUGAUCAAUGAUGAUGAAUACAGUUACGGAGAUGAAAACGAGGAGGAGGUUGAUGCUAAGACAACUGACGAAGAAAUGAAAAUGGCUUACAAGAUUCAGUUUCAAAGACAGAAUAAUAAUAAUAACGUAAGCUCCUCCGGUGGCGAGACACCAUCAUCGAACUCUUUCAUGGCCAUGGUUCAGUGAGUGAUCUUCUUCUCUUGCCAGGCGGCACAACGUCUGACUUCUGCAUUAUCGAAAAUUGUGUUUAUAUAUAUAUUUAAAAAAAUAUAUAUGGAGGCUCACAAAGAAGAGAGGAGCCCUUCUUUUCUUUUCUUUUUUUUUAUUUUUAUUUUUAUAAUUUCGUUCGAAGCUGUUCUCAUCGUCAACAUUUAUUGGACAAAGGACCUUUGUUGGGGGAUGAGAACAUACUUGUGCAUGGCAAUAAUUUGCUGAUUUGUUGAUUUGUUUGGGUUUAAUAAGCUCUCUCAAGAGCAGAUAAUAUAUACACGAAAUUUUCAAUUUACAGAAUUAUAAAGCUUAUAUUUUUUCUUCUUU